AGGAACUGGAACUGGUGGAGGAUGUAUGGCGAGGGGAGGCCCAGGACCUUCUUACCCAAAUAGCUCAGCUGCAGGAGGAAAACAAACAGCUGAUGUCUAACCUAUCUCAUAAAGACCUUAACCUCACAGAAGAGGAGUUCCAGAAACAUGAAGGGAUGUCUGAGAGAGAGCGACAAGUGAUGAAGAAGCUGAAGGAAGUGGUAGAUAAACAGAGGGAUGAGAUCAGAGCAAAGGACCGGGAACUUGGGCUUAAGAAUGAGGACGUGGAGGCACUGCAACAACAGCAGAACAGGCUAAUGAAAAUUAAUCAUGACCUUAGGCACAGAAUAACGGUUGUUGAGGCUCAAGGGAAAGCACUGAUUGAGCAGAAGGUGGAGUUGGAAGCCUACCUACAAACCAAGGAACAAGAGAUGGGCGUUUUGCGGGCAGAGCUUGGGAAACUGAAGGAGAAGCUCCAUGGUGAGAGCAGCCAAAAUGGAGAAGAGAUCCAGAUAGAACCAAACAAUGAUGAAUCUCUCUCUGAAUCGGAGAAGAUGGCUCUGGAUUUAAAAGAUCCAAAUCGUCCGAGAUUUACUUUGCAAGAGUUACGGGAUGUCUUGCACGAGAGGAAUGAACUCAAGUCAAAAGUGUUCUUGCUGCAAGAGGAGCUCUUGUAUUAUAAAAGUGAGGAAAUGGAAGAAGAAACCAGAACCCCCCAGCCUACACCCAUCAUUCACUCAAAACCCUCAACUCAGCCAGAAUCAGGAAUCAAACGACUGUUUAGCUUCUUCUCUCGUGAUAAAAAACGCAUGCAGACGAUGCAGAAAAAUGUUCGCUUCCAGGAUUCUUUUGGCGAAUGGGCGAAUUCCAACAAAGAUGACUCCUACACCGAACAAGGGCAGGAGGCCCUGCAGCACCUGUGACUAGAGCCCUGAGGCACUGAGCUUGCAACAGUAGAUCUAGACAUUUUAGUAAGGAGAAGCUUCUGUAACCAAAUCUGGCAGCUCAACAUUUUUAUUUGCCUUGCACACCUCGAUGGUUGUGUUUCAGAUGUACUCUUCAAAAGGGAUCCCUCAGUGUUUACUUGGUGACUGCUCUCUGAAAACAGAAUCCAGGCUCUGUAGUAAUCGUUAUUUAUACCCAGGGGCAUCAAAGCUUUUAGAUGACUGGUUUUGUGCUGAAUAACAAGUCUACGGUCUGGCUCUUGCAUUUAACGACAGUAACACAAGCUUCUUUAAACCAAAAAGACCUAUGCUAUUAUUAGAGGUUUAUUUGCAUUGUACGAUAUCUAUUGGUGAAGACUUUGAAGACUUUAUUACCAUUUUUGUUAACACGCGUGGGAAGGAAGGGGUGUUUUGAUAUUUCCUUAGGUUUGUUUAAUGACGGUUGCAGAGAGAGAGACCAUGAACUGUCACUUUCCAAGGCAGGUCUGAUCAGCACUGCAUCCUGUCUAGACCUUAGCAGGUGUCUGCAUCUUGCAGAGACACCACCUGAAAUUCCCAUGGCCACAAGUAUAGAACAUAGAGCUGUCUUGAAAAGGACAGUGACUAUGUUUCACUUCAUUUAUAGUGCCUAAAGCACAAAAAUACUGAUGUACAAGGUGAGUGUGCCUUGCAUUUUGCUAUGAGUUAUGCAGUAUUAACAGAAAAUGAAUUGCUCAUACUGAGGAAUUCUACUGCUUUGUAUUUUUUUUUCUUUUCCCUUCUUACCAGACUCUUCUCUGCCAGGCCCCUCUUAUUACCAGAUUGCUGCUGUAUGUGAAGUGGCUCUUAUUUCUACAAAAGGCUUUAAAAAAGCCAUAGGCAACACUAAUUGAACUUUUGCUCCCAACUUGAAGACUGUUUAGUAGAAAAGGGUGUUUUUUAAGCUCGCUGACAUGAACAGCUUUUUUCUAUGGUAGAGAGAGUGCCAAAUCCAACUCUUCCCCCUUCCAGACUUAGCUAAAAUUUUGCACAGAGCGAAUAGAGCCUCUCAUUUCAUUGCAAGCUACACAACACUAUUUUGGUAAGCCUCUGUGUGGGCAUACCGUCAUAGAGAACAGCUUGCAGGACUGGAGCUGAACUUGAUCAUGACAAUCCUGCAGCUGAAGGCAGUUGAUGUGGGGUAAUGUCAGAUUUAGAUCCACAGUUUCUGCUGCAAGCCUAACUGCAAUCUAACUGUAUGUGAAUGAAUGAUGCUAUGGCUACAAGAACAUUGACAGCAGAGUCCUAUGGAAGAACUGCAGCCAGAACCAUUACUCGCACCACCAUGGACAUGUCUGUCUGCCUGUCUCUCUCUCUCCCCCACUUCUGGAGAAGAAAAUCUUUGCCAUACUCUUCUCCUUGCAUGAGAGGCCUUGUCCAUUCUACUUAAGUAAUUUGGGGGUGGGGAAGUGUGGACGCAUGCCCAAACUGACUAUUCCUUACCAAAAAGGACGUUAAACCUUGCUUGGCUUCAGCUAUACAAUUAAAGAACUGUACUAGAACAUAAUCCUGCGGGAGAAAUAUCUACAGUGUUAGCAGUUGCCUACACUGAAAGGAAGGGAAAAGAAGUUACUUUAAAGUCCUAAGCUCUAGCAGAGAUGGGCUAGGAGCCAUUGUUAGCAUUUAGACACUAUGGUAAAUAGACCUGCUCUCAUGUUUUGCUAAAUUGCAGUAGCAAAAGUGGUAGGCACUGCUCUGUUCAUCUUACAACACCCAAUGUUACUGGACCUGAACCAGUAGGGAAGCAUGUAGACAGGGCUCAGAAUGUAGCAAGCUGUAGGGAAGCACUGUCCCCUCGGGUUCUCGGAGUCCACAGGAUCAUUUAGUACCACUGUUUGUGGAGUAAAAAACAUUUCUGGGAAUGUAAGCCAGGGAGUCCAUAUGCAGCCUCUCUCUAAAUAGAGCUGCAUUGGAAAACUCUGUUGCUACAGGAGUUAAAUGUUGUCCUGUUUGGUACCAUAAGUGGACUAGCCAGGAACAGAGCAGAGCUUAACAUGCUUUAGGUAGGAGCUGUGUCUUUCCCCAUUAUAGGAUCAGCACAUAGGAGGAGGAAAAAGGGAUAAAAUUAACUAAUAUAGACUCCUGCUAUGAUUGAUUCUUUUGAGUGCAUAUAGCUCCUUAGCUGAAACCAAUCCUAAAUCACAAUCCACUCUUAACAGGCUUGAACAUGGCUGAUGACGAGGCACCUCCCCAACCAUGCCUUGCUUGUGGGGAAUCUAAGUACCCAGCUCAUUCAGAAACCCUCAGACUAGUUCUGGUCCAGUAAAGGGACAGGUGUUUUAAACUUCAGCCUCUAAAUCAUGUUGAAGUUCCUUUUAAGGCAGGGGAAAGGCGAUGGUUCUCUUGCUCAAAAUGUUUCUAUAUUUGAGAUGGUGAUAAUGUCUAAAACUAGCACUUUGUGAAGGCAGUGCUACAGAAACAAAACCGGAUUUAGGAACACUGACAGAUCCAAACCUCACACUUAGGUGGUAGAAAUAUUGCUCCUUAUUUAAAACCUGGAUGAAGCAAGCAGCUGUAUUUGCAUGUAGGCCCUUACCCUAAACUUGGAAAAUGUUAACGUAAUGCUUUCCACAAUUUCCAAAAUAUUAAAAAAAAAAA